AUGCCCCACGACGGCAGCAUCCCACACCUGCGUCCUGGGAUGAGUGUGCAGGAAUACGAGAUCUUGAGCUUUGCCGAGUCAGGGUCCUCCACCUCUCGCAGCAUUCGCCUGCAUUUCCGCUUCAGCUGGGAGCUGGCUGGGAGCACCGACAUCCUGCGAGCCACCCUCUACCUGUUCUGGACAGUCCCCAGCCCCAGAUCGCACCCUGUUACCGUCAGACUCCUGCAGCCGGACCCACAGGGGCUGAACAUGACCGUGGCCAGCGAGACACGACUGGACGUGCGGAGGGCUGGCUGGGCCACGCUGGACGCCCGGGCCAGGACGCCCCACCGGGUCCAGCGGCGCGGCAUUGAUUGCAGCGGGGACUCUCGGAUGUGCUGCCGCAAGGAAUUCUUUGUGGACUUCAAGGAGAUUGGCUGGGAGGACUGGAUCAUCCAGCCAGAGGGAUACCACAUGAACUAUUGCGCGGGGCUCUGCCCGCUGCAUAUGGCUGGCAUCCCUGGCCUCGCCGCCUCCUUCCACACGGCCGUCCUCAGCCUCAUCAAAGCCAACAACGCGGAUGCGGCCGUGGACUCCUGCUGCGUGCCCACGCAGCGUCGCCCCCUCUCUCUGCUGUACUAUGACCGGGACAGCAACAUCAUCAAGACCGACAUCCCCGACAUGAUUGUCGAUGCCUGUGGCUGUACCUGA